AUGUGGUCAUCUUUGUCUGCUGCUAUUCGGUGUAGAGGUGAAAUUGUGUUGAAUGUUGCCUCAAGUGGAAUUGCAUCUUUAUUGUUACCAGGUGGGAGGACAGCUCAUUCUCGGUUUAAGAUUCCAAUAAAUGUAACUAAGGAUUCAUUUUGUUGGAUUAAACAAGGUAGUUCACUUGCUGAACUUAUUGUUAGGACAAGAUUGAUUAUUUGGGAUGAAGCUCCCAUGAUGCAUAAACAUUGUUUUGAAGCUUUGGAUAGAACUCUUCCUGAUUUAAUGCACUGUUCAAAUCAAAGGAAUUCAGAUUUACUAUUUGGUGGUAUAGCAGUUGUUUUUUGUGGUGAUUUUCGGCAGAUUUUGCCUGUUAUUCCCAAAGGUAGUAGACAAGAUGUGGUUAAUGAUAUUGGCGAUGGUGUUGCUGGAGAUUGUACAGAUGGAUUUGGUAAAGUAGUUAUUCCAAGAGAUUUGUUGCUUGAAUGUACUACUGGUCCUUUGCAAUGUAUUGUUUCUUUAACGUAUCCAACAUUUGGGCAGAAUGUUGAAGAUUCGAGUUACUUAGAAAAUCGGGCUAUUUUAGCUCCAACGUUGGAAGUAGUUGAAAUGGUUAAUCAGUAUAUGAUGUCUCAUAAUUGUUCGCAAGAGCAUACUUAUUUAAGUGCUGAUAGUGUUGUUGGAUCUGAUUCCCGUCCUGGUCUUUUUGAGGAGGUUCACAAGCCUGAGUUAUUGAAUGGUGUACGUUGUUCUGGUUUACCAAAUCAUGAAUUACAUCUUAAGAUUGGUAUUCUUGUGAUGUUGUUGAGAAAUAUUGACCACGAUUCUGGAUUGUGUAAUGGUACUAGGUUGAUUAUUACUAGACUUGGAAGUCAUGUUUUGGAAGCAAAGGUGCUUGCUGGGCGUUGUGCAUGGGAUUUAGUGUUGUUACCUCGGUUGUCUCUAAGUUCUUCUGAUUUGAGGUUGCCUUUUAAGUUUCAACGUUGA